AUGGAUCUCCGAGGAAGAGCCCUUUUCCACGUUGACAGGCUUCGAGUUCUCCUCGUGCUGUUCAACACAGUGGCUCAAAUCACAGCAGAACAAGAAGUGGAAAAUCUCUCGGGCCUUUCCACUAACCCUGAAAAAGAUAUAUUUGUAGUGCGGGAAAAUGGGACGACGUGUCUCAUGGCAGAGUUUGCAGCCAAAUUUAUUGUACCUUAUGAUGUGUGGGCCAGCAAUUACGUUGAUCUGAUCACAGAACAGGCUGACAUUGCCCUGACCCGGGGAGCCGAGGUGAAAGGCCGCUGUGGCCACAAUGAGUCAGAGCUGCAGGUGUUCUGGGUGGAUCGCGCCUACGCACUCAAAAUGCUCUUUGUAAAGGAAAGCCACAACACAUCCAAGGGACCCGAGGCAACAUGGAGGCUGAGCAAGGUGCAAUUUGUCUAUGACUCCUCUGAGAAGACCCACUUUAAAGACGCCGUCAGUGCUGGGAAGCACACAGCCAACUCCCACCACCUCUCUGCCUUGGUGACCCCAGCUGGGAAGUCCUAUGAGUGUCAAGCUCAGCAGACCAUCUCUCUGGCCUCCAGCGAUCCCCAGAAGACUGUCACCAUGAUCCUGUCUGCUGUCCACAUCCAACCCUUUGACAUCCUCUCAGAUUUUGUCUUCAGUGAAGAGCAUAAGUGCCCAGUGGACGAGCGGGAGCAGCUGGAGGAAACUUUGCCCCUGGUUUUGGGGCUAAUCUUGGGCCUUAUCAUUGUGGUAACGCUUGUGAUUUACCACAUCCACCACAAAAUGACUGCCAACCAGGUGCAGAUUCCGAGGGACCGAUCCCAGUACAAGCACAUGGGCUAGGGGCCCUUAGAAAGGCACCCCCGAGUCCUGUCCCAGCCGGAUCAGGUAGAACAAAACAGCACUUUCCACCUUGUACACAGGAUAUACCAGUAUAGCUACAAUCCAACAGGCCUGGUGUCUGGGGCUUGCUUGGCCCACGUCCAUGCUUAAACCCAGGGACAGCAGCUCCUUGGAGUCAUAGGAUGAGUGGCAGCUGUUCUCCCCUGCUGGCGAAUAGGGAGGCAGGGGGUCAGCCAGCUCUCAUGCUCAUGGUGGCUUGGCUUUGACUCUCCAAAGAGCAACAUAUCCUACUUGGAGAGGUUUCUGGCCCUGAACUUUAGAGAUUAGAAACACUUCCCUUGGGAAGAAACCUCUUUAAGUUCAGAGGACGAGGGGCGCUUUGCCGCUCAGCCUCCGCUGGCUAACGUACAGUUUUCAGUGCACACAAAAUACAACCUCAUGCUCCCUGCAGCAAGACCCCUGAGAGUGAUCCAUGCUUCUGGCUGGCAUUCUGCAUGUCUAGUGAUUGUCUCGGGAAUGUUCCACUGCUCCCUGCACCCAGUGACUGCGGCACAAGAACCUGUUUCAUGUACCUAUGCAGUUUGGAAUUCAUAAUGUGUCAGGUCCAAACCAGAGGGCCUGAACAAUCAAUUCAUGUGAGUUUGGUUUUGAAAAUGAAUUAAAUACACUACUGUCUGG